CACCGGAAACCAUUUUACUUUGAAAGUGAAAGCUAGCUUGACAGUUAGCAGCUAACCAGGUAGUGGACGUUUCUGGAGGAUUUCACAGAAGUUACAACUCUUGCAAGUCAGUCAGAGGCAAAAGUCCACAGCUGGUCUUACAGCCAGGUUACGCCACAUCACUCCAAACAUGACCAAGCACGAGUUUGAGGUGGCGAUGACGUGUGAAGGAUGCUCAGGAGCUGUCACCAGAGUGCUCAACAAGCUGGGAGAUGUGAAGUUCGAGAUCGACCUGCCUAAGAAACUGGUUUGGAUCGAGUCCGACAAAGACGUGGACGUUCUCAUGGAGACGCUGAAGAAAUGCGGCAAGGAUGUCAAGUACAACGGCACCAAAUGAAGGAGUCUGCUUCUGCUCGUGUAGAACAGGAAAUAAUCGCUGCUGAUGCAAAUUGAAGAUUUAUACUGGAUUUAGAGUUCUUAACCCGUCUGGAAGAGUCUGAUGGACCCUAAGUGAACCCACCACCACCACUACCACUACCACCCCCCCCACUGCCUCCUCUCUCACAUGUCUACUUAAACGCUCACACGCACAACAAAAAAACUCCCCUUGGGUGCAGAUCUUCUAUCAGUGUUGUGGGAUUCAUGAGGCCAUGAGGAAGUGUGUUUUGGAGAAUAACAACAAACCUGAAGAUUAUGAUGUUAGCACUUUUUGUCUGUGAAAAAUGCCUCAAUUAUGUGCGGCGCUAUAUCUCUAAUUUGUUUGUUUUUGUUCCAUGCGAAACAGGAAGAGGUGAUUAAGUUAUUACGGUGUUGUUUCUCCUCCAACAUGCCUCCAUUCAGCAUGAUGAUUUGUUGAAUAGCAGUAUGUUUUUAAAUUGUGAAAAUCACAGCCUUCUUACAUCUUUGUCAUUGUAUUUAGAUUUUGCAUGCAUGUGUAUUUAUCUCAUCAUUGAUGCAGGAGGGGACGAGGCAGAGCUGAGCAGUAUUUCCAUUAAUGUUUUUAAAUAUAAAUGCCAGCUGUAAAAUCAAAAAAACCUGAUUAUAGACGUCAUCGCCAUUUUCACAUACUGUCAUAAUAAGUUUCCAUCAUGAAACCUCAGAAAUGGGACGCAAGCUCUUUAAGGACGUUCCCUGAAUUAUUGACUCAGUAUUAUCAUAUUUUUGUUUGGAUUUGACAUCAUUAAAAUUGAUCCUCAGAAGCUCCGUGUAUGAAUACGCCUGUAGAUCUGCUCCAAGGGGGGAAAAUACCGUCCGUCUCUCUUCCCUUCAGGGACCAUAUGCUGGACGUUAAUUUCUUCCUCUUCGCUUCCUUAGAGUUUACACUACAAUAAUCGACUAACCCCACAGGGCAUCUUUGUUUUCUUAAAGCCUUUGUAGUAAUUCACUUUGUUUUUUUUGUUACUUUGGGGAAAAGACAGUCACUUUCUCCUUUCUGUCAUGAUAUGCUGUAUAGACCCAGAGGAAAUAAAAUCACUUCUGACUCAAU